AUGACGGAAAAGGCUCAUUAUCCUUGGACAGGCCGAGGUGAAAAAUUAUCAACGUUUCUUGAACGGGCAUGUCUGAAAAACUUUUAUCAUGUCUUGAAGAAAAAAAUGAAAAUAAAUGACCCUGUAGAUUUCUCCCGGUUUAAACCUUUCGACCUAACUUGUCUUGGAAUGACGGGAAAUGAAAUCAAUAGACUUGUAAACCAGUUAAUCGAAGAUGGAUAUCCAGUAGGCAACCUGCUGUCAGACAGGCAUAUGGAUUGUGGCUAUUCAUCGUCUGAUGUAGACUCACAUAACGUUACUGAUUUUCACCGAUCCAAGUUAUUACGAAAACUGUUCGGGAAAAAACAAUCCUUAUUUACUAGUGCUCCAGUUUCCCCAGCGCAUAGACCUGAAUAUCGAUCCAUUGAACGGUUAUCUAUCCAACGUCCCCAACAGCAAGUGCCUUAUCGUUCAACAAGUUUCACUGAUGAUCGAAAAUCGAAUUCAGUUCAAAAUACCUGUGACAGUACCCCUACCAAUUCAACUGCAUUUACAUGUCUUAUUCCUGAAAAAGAUAUCAAACUGCAUUCGAAAAUUGGGAUUGGUUCGUUUGGUAUAGUCCGACGCGGUGACUGGACCAUGCCAACUGGUGAAACUAUUCCUGUAGCUGUAAAAUUAUUACGAUCAGAAGCAAUGAAUAGUGAUCUAUUCACUGGAUUUUUAUAUGAAGUUCGUGCAAUGCAAUGUCUUUCACAUCCUAGCCUAAUUCGUCUUCAUGGGAUUGUCCUGUCUAACCCAAUCAUGAUGGUUACUGAACUAGCACCUUUAGGUAGUUUAUUAUUACACCUAAGAGCUCAAUCAAUGUGUGCACGUAAUAAUUCUUGUCAAACAAAUCCACCAAACAAUUUACCCUGUGUACCACGUGCUCUUCAAAUUGAUUCAUUAUGGGAUAUGGGUAUACAAAUUAUUCGUGGUAUGGCGUACCUUUCAUCGCAAGGCUUGGUUCAUCGUGAUUUAGCGGCUAGAAAUAUUUUACUUUCAUCAAUACAAAAAAAUGAAUAUCCUCAAAUUAAAAUUGCUGAUUUCGGUUUAGUUCGAUCAGUUGUUGAUUCUACUAGUAAUAUAACUGAUAAAAAGUUAAAUAAAGAAAAUGAAUUCAAUGAACCAGUUUACACGGGUAAUUUAGAACAGAAAAUUCCAUUUGCAUGGUCCGCUCCCGAAUCUCUACGUAAACGUGUCUUUUCUGAAGCCAGUGAUGUUUGGAGUUUAGGUGUUACAUUUUGGGAAAUGUGGACGGGUGGAGCAGAUCCUUGGCCUGGUGUUAAUGCUGGACAGUUGUUAGAACUAUUAGAUUCAGGGCGUCGAUUAGUUUGGCCAAAAUAUACUUGUCCACGUCGUUUAUAUCAAUUAAUGUUGGCUUGUUGGCGAGCUGAACCAUAUCGUCGGCCAACAUUUUCAUAUCUUUCUGAAAGAUUAGAUCAAAUACGUCCAAUUACUGUUGUAGCAACUCAAAAUCUUGAUGAAGCGGAUCGUUUAGGCUUAGAAGCUGGUGAUACAGUGAUUGUUAUUGAUGGAAAAUCUCAUAAAUUUUGGUGGUCUGGUCAAAAUAUACGAACUGGUGAAAUUGGCUUAUUUCCAAGGGGUAUUGUACAACGUGGUAAUAAUGACACUUUAACCAACGAAGAUAUAAGCCGACCAAUUCGUGAUUCUUUUCUGCAUGCUGAACACAUUCGUAAAAAUGGGACAGGAUGGAGUUCAUCACAGCCUGGUGUAUCUAAUGAAAUAUUUCAUCAUAUGCAUGGUCUAAAUGCAUCUGCAUCAUCUGUUCGACCAGCACAUACCGAGGAGAAAUGUAAUCAAAGAAAAAAUGAGAAAAAAGUGUCAAACUCAGUAGAAUAUAAUCUACUACCAUUAGAUAAUGAAGAUUGGUUACCAGUACAAAAUUCUUCAUUCACUGAUUUAGAAAAUAUAUCAAUGUCUCAUACUACGGAUUCCUAUUCAUUUUAUGGUUGUAUGCUUAGUAAUGCACCACCUGUACAUGCUCCAUGUUUAGAAACUUAUGAUGAUAAUGGUGUUGGCGGGGGUGGUGGUGGUGUUGAUGGUGAUGAGGAGGAAGAAGAAGAAGAUGAACGUCGACGACUCGACAGAUUGCCUAAUUCAACUGUUGGCUUAAAUGCUUAUAAUGUAGAAUUAAGAAAAUGUGCCAAUUCCAAAUUAUUGAAUAAUCAUAGAAAUUCAGUGGCGAAUUGUGAAGGCAAUUUUUAUAAUUCAGAUACUUAUACCUACCAAUCAUUAACAAUGUUGCCCCCUCCUCCUGGACCAGAAGAAAGUGAAACUGUAUUUACCGAAGUUAAAAGCAAUGAAGUAUUUACAGAUCUUAUUCAACUUACAAAACCUAGAAAUUCAUCUCUACGUAUGCCGAGUAGUGAGAAUAAUCAUACGAGAUUUGAAUCUGAUUCAAAAAUUCAUGAAAAAACUGAAAACUCUAUGCCUCCUCCAUCGUCAGCAUCAUCAUCAUUAUCAUCAACUUCAGAGGCAACAAUUCAUUCAAAACAAUCAUUUUCAUUAGAUAAUUUAUUAGACGAGAUCAAUUCUGUUGGUAAUGAUGAUACUAAAUGUCAACCAUCAGCUCCACCAUUGAUUGAUUUAUACAGCCGUGUACCAGAUCCACUUGUAUUUACGCCUAGAUAUCGUAUAACAGUACCAACUGCUCCAAUUUAUACACCAUCGGUAAUGAAACCUACUCAUCCUUAUUAUUCUGGUGUUUUUCCUCGUGCAACUGCCCCUGUAUAUUCAUCCAACCCUUUUUUAGUAAUGAACUCUAAUAUUUCAACACAAUUUGCAUGUUUUACUCAAGGACAAUAUUUUCCUAAUCCUUUCUAUCAUCAACAAGGUUAUCCACAAAAAUCAUAUGGUACAGCUGAUCCAUUCUCUUCUUCAACAAAAUUCAAUAUGAAUCAGUCAGUAACACAAAUGACGUCUGGAUCUAGUGGUGAUAAUCCGUUUGAUUUAAAUAAUCUAAAGUCUAAACCCCAUUCAUCAUCAACUGAUGAAAUUGGUACGGUAAAAAAGCAGAAUAACAAUGAUCCAUUGAAUAUUUUUGACUUUACAUUCGAUACAAUCAAUAAUGAUAAUAAUAAUAAUAAAAAUCCUAAUAAAAAUGAUGUAGCUACAACAAGUUGUAAUGAUAAACAAUCUGUUGUAGUUUCAUGUGCGAAACCUACUGUCGGUAAUUCUAUAUUCUCAAGUAAACAGCCAGUCCAUCCUCCAACUAGAUUAGAAAAUGAACUACUUGUUCGAUCGUGUUCUGGUACAAACUUCUCAUCUUCAUCAUCAUCAAUGGCGACAAUUUCAGAUCCAUGCUCCAUUGAUCUGUCGAGAACAAAAGCUCAGCCUGUCAAUCCAUCUGUUGGAAUCCCUGUCCAAAGUGAUACAAUUUCAGAUGUACAACCUCAAACUCAAGAAAGUGAAAAUCACCCUAAACUCUCCAAUUCUGUAGACAUUUUCACUGAUGAAAUUUCUCUUGUUUGUUCUCAAGUACCCGGUUGUACUUCAUCUGAAGCUCAUUGGGCUUUAUUACAUGUAAUGAAUCCAUUUUCUCCUAUUAUACCCCAAUUAAUUGUACCCCCGAUUCCGCAUACUUCACCUAUCGAAACUUGGAGAACUAGAUUGGAUAGAACUAGUGCUUGGCGUGUACAAUUAGCUGUACGUCUACUAUCAGUAUGUCGUCUUUAUCAAUUAGGUUUAAUUAACUGGGAUUCAUGUUGUGAGAUAAUAAGCGCAUUCAAUUGGCAGUUGGAACCUGCAGCCGAUUGGAUUCUUGAUCAUAUGACACCUAGUUGUUUUAUUUGA